AUGUUUACCGAAUGGAAGAAGAUAAGGGUUCUGGGAGAAGGUUCCUUUGGAACUGUCUCUCUUGCUACGACCAUUUUUCCAAAAGAAGUGCAAGAAGUGUUGAUAGCUGUUAAGAGUUCAAAGCCUCACAGGGAAGAAUCUUUGGAGAAAGAAGAAGCCAUAUUGAAUUUAUUCCAUGGUCGCAAAGAAAUUGUUCAGUGCAUUGGGGGCGUACCCUCCAUAGAGAAUAGUGGUUAUGUCUACAAUCUGAUGAUGGAGUUUGCUCCUUAUGGCUCUCUUGGAAACUUGAUCAAAAGGAGAAAAUCACUAUUGGAGAGUGAAGUAAAAGUGUACACACGCAUGCUUCUGAAAGGGCUUUCUGUGAUUCAUGAAUUUGGAGUCAUUCAUUGUGAUCUUAAACCGGACAACGUUCUUUUAUUUCCUUCCCAAGAACAUGGUGUGGAGUAUGAACUAAAGAUUGGUGAUUUUGGAAUGUCUAAGAGGAAAGAAGAGGUGUUUGAUGGUGACUUUUGGAAGAUUAAGUUUAGAGGUUCACCAUAUUACAUGUCACCAGAAUCAGUGAGGGGGCAAAUCGAAGCAGCCUUGGAUAUAUGGUCUCUUGGAUGCAUGGUUAUUGAAAUGCUCACUGGUUUACCUGCAUGGCACAAAGUUCCCACCUUACGUGACUUAAUGUUUAAACUUGCGGUUCUUAAGGAAGCACCACCAAUACCUUCCGAUUUCACUCCUCUUUGUCAAGAUUUCUUGAAUAAGUGCUUUCUCAAGAACCCUUCUCAGAGGUCCACUGCCAACAUGCUUCUUAAUCAUCCUUUUCUUUCUAUUACGGAUAAAAUUUUUUUGGAAAAUGAAAAUUUUGUUGAAUCCAAAUUCAUCAAGACAAGGCAUGUUGGUCUCGAAUUGGAUAAUAAUUCUCCAGAAAUUACACGUGGUGUGUCAAGUUCGUGCGGUUUCUCAAAUUCGCUCUCAAAUUUGUUACCAAGUGACCUCCUUUCACUAUUAGAGUGA